UGUAAAAGUUAGAUAUGCUGUAAAGCGUGAGUUUGAAAAUAUGAACUUAAACUAUUUUGUUUUGUUAUGUUUUGCUCUGGUACGUGGUGGAUCUAAUGCAAGACAGACUAGAAACGGAGAAAAAGUUGAUAUCCGUAGAAGUAUCCGUCCUCCUGCAAUACUUCGAGCUGGUGAAAGCGUCGCUCCACAACCUGGAUGGUCACACUGUGUACACAACAUACGAGCAGGAGCGUUUUGGGGGACUAUAUCUUCCAGGACGCUAAGAAAUUUAAGAGAAACACAAUUCCAGUGUACUUGGAUGAUAACAGCAGAAGCCUCCAGAAAGGUUGUUGUUGCCGUUCAAAGACUCACAUAUGGAAGUUCAGCAAGCGCAAGAUGCCGAACGCAAUUUUUAGAGAUUAUCGACUCUGGAAAAACACAAGGGAAAUAUUGCGUUAGAAGACACCCUACAGGAGACUAUGUUGCAAGAGGUUCAGUCGUUCGCAUUGAUAUACAAGGGGAGAGUGAACUUGCAAGGCUUAUAAGAGAUAGACGGAACCCCUUUGUUUUUAUUUAUAAAUCCGUUCCACGCACAAUAGUAUCUGGUUUCAGGAGUACCACUUCUCGAAUAAGCGGGAUCAAUACCUACACUGAAACACCUCCAACCAUUUCCUCAAAUACACCGGGUGAUAGGAAUAAAAAAAACAAGAACAAGAAAUACGGUGCCUUGACAUUAAGUGGAAUAAUAGCAGUCAUAGUGUGUUCUGCACUUGUGGUCUUAAUUAUAAUCAUCCUACUAAUUAAAAGGUUUUGCUUCAACAAAAAACAACAAGAGAAAAAUGAUCGCGAAGAAUUAGGAUCUGGUCUACCAACCAAAGAUAAAGCGAGUUAUCAAUAUUCCCUGGGGGACAACGAGUUAAUAAUUACUUCCGAAACUGUGGUUCCACUACGAUCAGCUAGAACACCCACAAAUCAUAACGGUCACGCAGUAAACAUAAAAGAUGCUAAAAACAAGAAACACCGUGACCGAUCCGAAAAAUUAAAAGAUCGCGGGGUGGAGGCGCCGUCUAGCGGUAGAAAAACAGGGGCAAACUCGACUUCCGCAAAAAAGAAAACUCUAAAGGCAAGAAACGCACAAAGAGCAGACGCAAACAGAGAAAAAGAACGAAGGCGAAAAGUGGAUAACAAUAACGUUACCAGCAACAAAAACAAUAACCGCAGAGUUGAGCAACGUUCUUCGGCAAAUUCGCGCACUCAAAUACGACCAAAGCAACGUCCGAGGGAGAGCAGCGACGAUAGGCCGAUUACUCGGGGCAGAAAGCCGAAAGCCGACCAACGUAGAUCGAAAAACAAAAGCCGGGAUGCAGCAAAAUCUGCCAAGACCCCGCCCGGUGGGCAUGGGACGGACAAGAAAAAAACAAAUCGCAGAAAAUCACUGAAAAAAGUAAUCGCUACCCCUUAUUCUCGUUACAGAGCUUGAUUAUAUAUUGAUACAGACGUACACUGCAUUAUACUGCUAUCUCGUUAUAUGUGAUAGGUUUCAGAGUCGCUUACUUGUAGUUUCCAAUUGUGAAUCGUUGGUGAAACAUCCUUUAUGUUACGAGUAUUCAUCACUAUCUUCGUUCUACAUUGUAAACUGCUGAUUAAAUUUCUGAGAUAAAAGAA